AUGCCAGCUAAGCCCCCCUUGGUCGGCCUCUGGCUGACUGCCCACACUGCCCUCUCCUCCCCUCCUUUGCACGCUUGCACGCACGCACGCACGCACUCACACGCCCCCCACGCUGCCCCCGGGAAACCUCUGCCGUCGCCCGCAGCACUCUGCAAAUCGACGCCUGCACCUGCGUGUGUGUGCGCCUACACUAGGUGGUCUCCUCAGGCCAGUGCCAGUGCCAAUACCAGUGUCCAGGGCCACGCAGCGUUGCAACUACUGGGCAAGCCCUAUGCACGCAAGAGGGCCGGCUCCCCGGUGGAGGAUCUCUUUUCUCAUCCGUCUGCUGCUGCUGCUGCCGCUGCCGCUGCCGCUGCUGCUCCUGCUAUUGUCGUGUCCAGUCGUCGUGCCUCUCUCCCUCUCUCUCUCCACACCAGAGGAGAAGAAAAAAACUGUCUCGUCCCUAAUGUGCUAGACGCCUUCCAACAAAGCCUCUCAUCCCUUCAACUCCACUCGCCUCCGGUCCACGCUAAAAAAACAGGGCCCUUACCCAUAGGCCUGUUUGGGCUGCUCUGCUGCAGUGUACCAUGA